GGGGCGGUGGCACGUGCGACUCGGCCAAUGGGCGCUGGCGAGGGCGGUGGCGGGGUUGGUGUGGCUAAGAUGGAGUCGGUAGCGCUUGUGGCGCCGGUGACGGCGCUGGAGUUCGCGGGGGACGUGCUGCUGGCGGGUACAGGCCCGGAGGUGGUGGCGUUCUGGCUGAACGGCAGAGGGCCGGCGGCGGCGGCGGGCCGGCGGAGCGUGCUGCGUGAGGCCACCGUGCAGGGGCUGCGGGCCGAGCCGGGGCCGGGGUCGGCGACGCGAGUAGCGGUCUUUGGUGGGCGCUGGCUGGCAGUGCUGGCGGUGCGGCACGGCGGAGCGGGCGGCGGGCCGCGGCUGGCGGCGUGCGGCGGCGGGGCCGCGCGUGGGCUCGGGGCGCGGGUGUGGGAGGUGCGGUGGGCGGCGGGCAGGCGGCUGGCGCUGGCGCUGGGCGGCGGGACCGUGGCGCUCUACGAGUGGUGGGGCGGCGGGCGCUGGCUGCGGCAGGCGAGCUGUGGCGGAGCCGGAGCGCUGCGCUGCGCCGUGCUGGCGGGGUUGGGCUGGGCGCGGCUGGCGCUAGCGGCCGGCACGGCGACGGGGGCCGUGGUGGUGUGGCGGGCGGCGGCCGCGACUGCCCCGCAACGUCAGCUGCGCGGGCACCGGGGCGCGGUGCUGGCGCUCUGCUACGCGGCGUCGCGGGGGCUGCUCGCCUCCGCCUCCGAAGAUCGCAGCGUGCGGCUCUGGGCCGUGGGCGAGUUGGGCGGCGGGGACGGGUCCGGCGCCUGCCUGCUGGUGUGCUACGGGCACGGGGCGCGAGUGGCCGCCGUGGUGCUGCGGGGACCGCUCCCGGUCAGCGCCGGGGAGGACGGCGCAUGCCUGGAGUGGGGCGGCGGCGGCGGCGUGCGGCGGGCGCGGCGCGGGCACCGCGGGGCCCUGCGUGCCCUGGCCUUGCGCCCCGCCGGCGGCCGCCUGGCCACGGGCGGCGACGACGGCGGCGUCCGGCUCUGGCAGCCCCGGCGGGCGACUGCGGAGGCGGUCUCGGCGGUCGCGGCGCUGGGGGCCCCGGAGCGGCCGCGGGCCGUGCUGCUGCUGGGGCCGCGGCAGGUGCUGGCGCUGAGCGAGGCGGGCGGACUGGCGACAUACGACGUGGCUCAGGAGCGCUGGACGCCGGUGCUGCACCCCACCGCCAGCGGGCCCCGCGCCGUGCUGGCGGCCGCCCCGCUGCAUGGAUGGGACGAGACGCUCUGCGCCCUGGCCGGCGGCGACGGGCGCCUCCUCCUUUUCGCCUUGAGCCACCCCGGGGCCGCUGCCGAGCUCAGGCUGUUCGAGGGGCCCGUGCACAGGCUAAGCUGGGUCCCCCGUCCUGGGCUGCCCCCCAACACCGCUGCUGCCCUUCUGGCCUCCGGGCCCAACGGGGAGAUGCUCUGGCUGGACGUCACCCACCGCCCCGGGCAGGCACCCUGGGUGCGGCUCAUGGGUCGGUACCUGCUGCCCCCCUGCAAGCAGCGCUGGCACACCUGUGCUGCCUUCCUGCCCCAGGAAGGGCUCCUGGUCUGCGGGGACCGCCGGGGCUCCCUCAUCCUCUUCCCUUGCAGCAGCUCUUCGGGGUGUGCUGCAGAAAGCACCAGCAUUGUCAAUGGUGGCACUGACGUGGUUGAUGAGGAUUUCAGCAAUGAGUUGGAGCCCUCUUGCUUGUUGCACAAAGGGACUCUUCCUCUUGAGUCCCCGCUGUCAGUGCUCUUUGGACUCCAUGGGAAGACAGGAGUUACCUCGGUGACCAUCCACGGGGGCUACAUUUACAGCACUGGCCGGGAUGGUGUCUACCGCCAGCUUCGCAUGCAGGACCAGCAGCUGGAGGUCCUGCAGAAGCACAAGCCCUGCAAAGGGCUGCAGUGGAUUGAGGAGCUGCACUUCACCUCGGAUGGAGACCUGCUUGUGCUGGGCUUUCACGCUGACAAUUUUGUGGUGUGGAGCAGCAGGACCAGGGAAAAUAUCCACUGCAUUCCGUGCGGGGGCGGGCACCGCUCCUGGAGCUACUGCAGCAGCCCCCUGGCUGAGGUGUUCGCCUUUAUCAAGUCUGGGGAUGUGAUGCUGUACCACUGUGAGGCCAAGCCCUGCGAGCAGCAAGUGCUGCUGGCAUCCCUGCACGGGCGAGAGAUCACCUGCGUGCGGCGCCUGGGGGCUGUGCAGGUGCCUGGCCAUGCCACCUGUAACGUGUUCGUCACCAGCAGCGAGGACACCACGGCCUGUGUCCUGGUGCUCAGUGAGAACUCUCGGGCAGCUGUGCCCCUUGCCCGCCUCAGUGACCACAUUUCCAGUGUGAGGACAUUGGCAUUCGCCAUGGGACCUGGAGAUGAGGGCACUGGUGAUGAGGGCUUGUCUGCCCUGCUCUUCUCUGCAGGCGGCCGUGCACAGAUUGAGUGCUACCGGCUGCUAUGUGCUGGGGACGCAGCGUCUGAGAGCGCUGUGGCCUGUCAGGUCAUCCACGUGGCCUCCCACCGGCUGGACAAGCACUGGGAGAAGAAGAAGAACAGGCACAAGCUUGUCAAGAUGGACCCAGAGACAAGGUACAUGUCCCUGUCAGUUGUGCCUGGGACCAGCACCAAGCAGCUGCCAACACCCUGGAAGUUCCUGGCUGCUGCCUGCAGUGAUGGAUCAGUCCGGAUCUUUGGGCUGCUGGAGGCUGCCCAGACGUUGGUGCUGGUGGCAGAGUCAUUUCACCACCAGCGCUGUGUGCUGAAGGUGGAAGCGUUCCUGCAUGCACAGGCAGGAGGGGAGAGGAGGCACCUCCUGUGCAGUGCAGCCACUGAUGGCAGCAUUGCCUUUUGGGACAUCACCGGCCCCAUCAUGGAUGCGGUGGAUACCCUGCACCAGGCAGAGGGAGAGAUGCAGCCCCUGGGUGAGUGCUGCUGCCCGGCAGCUCUUCUGCUCCCUUUGACCAAGGUGAGCGUUGCUGUCCUGACCGAGCCCGUUUACCCAGCCCUGGACGCCCCGCUGGUGACCGUCAUGGCCCACAGCUGCGGCGUGAACAGCCUCCACAUCCAUGAGACACUGGAGGGACGGUACCUGGUGGCCAGCGGCAGUGAUGAUGGCUCCAUUCAUGUCUGCCUGCUGGAGGUAGCCCUGGGCAGGGGUGAGGCCACAGCAGGGACCUGCCUGCAGGUCCUGGAGCGGGUGUCCAGGCCCUGUGCCCAUGCUGCCCAUGUGACGGGGAUCCGGGUGCUGCGGCCAGACCUGCUGCUCUCUGCCUCAGUGGACCAGCGCCUGACACUGUGGAAUCAGCGCCCGGGGGAGCUGGUCCCCCUCAGCACCACCUUCUUCCAUGUGCCUGACCUAGCCGAGCUGGACUGCUGGGAGGAGGUGGAGGCUGGGGGUGAGCUGCGGUACUACUGUGUGCUCUGUGGGCAGGGCCUGGAGAUGCUGUGUGGCACAGCCCCCUCCAAACCUCCUUCAUAGGAGGCUCCCCAGUAAACAGGCAGGUGUGUGACACAUCCAGGUCCCUGUCUGCAUUUGGAGGGCACCCUGCACUUGGCCCAUCACUGUGGCCCCUGCCUACAGCCUGCACAUUGAUGUGUCCUGUCCUGAGGGGAACAGGCAUGCUUGCCUCCUUUAGGCACAUGCCAUGGUUGUGGUGCUCAAGGCCCGUGGUCUCUGGGAAGAAGGCAGAUGUGAUUCCUCCUGGACAAGCCCGGGGCUUCCCUAUGCAGUAAAGAAGUGAGGUUGUUGGUCCAUGCUGCCCAAGAGCAGCUCUUCCUCUCCAAGGUGUGAAGGACCCAUGUCGGCUUUCCAGUCUUGGUCUCCGAGAGGAACCUUGCUUGGGAGGGCACUGAGGAUGUAGCCUGGCCCUGGGAGCUUGAGAGCAGCAGGAGGCCCGAAAGGGUCAGGCACUGGUGUGACACACAGUGGGCUGCAGCCUUGUGUGUCCUGGGACAGGGGCCUGUGUGACAGUCCUGAUGCUCCAGUGCUGAGGACAGUGCUGAAAUGCACAGGGACACUGAUCAUCCACA